GUGGCCAGCUCUCUGUCGUGUUGAGCCCCGUGCAGCUGCUGAAGCAGUUGAGGUGGCGGCUGCUCUCUUGUCAGCUCGGAGCUGGCUCUGCACCGGGGAACUGGGCCGGCACUGUCUGGCUGUGAGGGCCGCCAGGAACACGGCGAGGACGAGGCCAAGGAGACGCGGCACCAGCAGCUGGACGCGUGGCACCUCAGACUCAGACUCAGACAACAAUGGCGACGGCUGACCACACACACACACACACACACACACCAGUCCCGCAACAACAGCCGCUGAAGUAACAAAGGAAAAACGUCAAGUACAGUUCUUCAUCGAGCGUCUUGUUUUCUGAGAGUCCGUCCAACUUAUCCUCCAUGGCCUUUUGACGAGGAAACAGAGGGAUCUGUUGGUGUGUGGUGAGGUCCUCGGUGCUGAGGAGAGCUCUGACAGGAUGCCAGGCCCAGGAACCCAGAUGAAGACCAUUCUUUCCGCUGCUCCUGCCAACCCUCUCCCUGAUGAGAUCACAAAGAUGCAGCGCAGUGAGAUGGUUUGUCGUUUCUGUGGUGUGAGCUACCUCAUUUUCCACGAGUUCCGUCAACUUCAAACCCAAAUAACCAGCGCGGAAGCCGAGCUCCAGGAAUUGAGACGACUAUCCGAGAGAGAGAAGGCCCGGAGAGAGUCGCUGGAGCAGGGACGGCUGGAGUGGGAGAGGGCACUGCGACUGCAGUUGCUGGGAAACUCAGAAGAGAAACAAAUGGAGACUGAAAGAGCUCUGAGAGAGGACUUUGAGUUAAAGUAUGAGAGGCAAAGAAGACAAUUUGAAGAUUUGUGUCGGGAGCAAAAAGAGAAAGAACUCGAGGAGUUGGAGGCUGAGUGGUUGACAAAUCAUCAAAAAGAGCUGGAGAGGUCUGAAGAGAGGGAGAAAGUUCUGACUGCCGCUCUUCAAACAGCCAAUAAAAAAGUAGACGAGCUGAGAAAAGGCGUCCAACAGCUGGAAGAGAGACUCUCGGUAGCAGUUUCCAAGAAGGAGGAGGCAGAAGGAUCACUUGGAGAGGAGCAGAAAAUGAGGAAAUGUCUCAGGGACGUGUGUGUGAAGCAGAAACAGGCCCUCCAAGCCACACAGUCAGAGCUCGGCGAAAUCCUGCCUCUCCUCAGUCACAUGACGGGGAGUUGGCAGGCCUUCAGAGCCCAUGUUUCGCAGCACUGCUCACAGGUGUCCUCAGAGCUGGAAGCGGCGCUGAGACACUCCAGUGAAGAGCUGCUCGAAAUAAGAAAAGAGAAGGAGUUUCUUGCUGAACAGCUCAUGAAGCUCAGAAGAGGCAGAGAGGAGCUGAAGUUACAACAUGAGGACGCUGAGAGGGUGCUCCAGGAGAACAUCCUCAGGCUAAAGGUGGAGUCAGAGGAGAGACGUGAGAAGUGGUUGUCAUGCCAACAAGAGUGCAACACACUUGAGGAGCAGCUGCGUUCCUGGCAACAGAACGAGGCCCAGUUGAAUGGGAAGCGCUGGGCAGCUGAAGAGGAAGUGGCACGACUGCGGGGGGAAGUGGAGACGCUGCUGCAGGAAGCCAGAGAGCAGCGGAGACAAAGUGAAUUGUUGAAAGAGUCUCAUAAAGUCGCUUCAUCAAAGAUGGAGGAGGACUACAAACAUCGAAUGGCCUCCCAGUUGGCGGCCGCCCUGGAAGGGGAGAGAUCCCAGAAUGCAUUGCGCCUCAAAGAAGAGCUGAUGGCUCUUGAACAUAAGCUGGAACUCCAGAUGACGGCAGAGAAGCAGACGCAUGAGUCGUUUGUUGGACGGCAGCAGAGAGACAAGGCCCGGCUGGAACAAGAGCUCGCAGAGAGAAACAGAGAGAUUGAGCUCAUGCGGGAGGGAGGGAAGAAGGAGAGGAGCAGCUGGAAAGAAAGUGCUGGGAGACUAGAAGACGCCCAGAGGAAACUGCAGGCUGAAGUACAGCACAUCCGACGGCAGGGGGAGCUAAAGCUGCAAGAGAUGGAGGCCGAGCUGCAUGAGAAAGCACAGAUGGUUUCAGUGCUGUCGUCCGAGGUGUCUGUGCUUCAGGAGACGGUCAGAAGGGAGUGCAUGGAGAGGGAGGAGCUGGCGGCCGCUCUGUCUCUGGCGCAUCGAAAGAUUCGUGGGUUACAGCGUCCAUCCUCAGCCUCUCCGCCAGGGAACUCACUGCCCCAACCUCACACGCGCUCCCUCACCCUCCUCAGUGCUCCUCGCACCCACAGCUGUGGAGAUCCAAUCAGAGGUGGAGGAGGAGCAGGGAGGAAAUUGGAGUUCUGGAGUAGCAGUGGGGUGAGCGGCAGGAACAAACCGAAUGAAGGGCUGCUGCCUCCUCUGAAGUUAAAGACAUCGAAGGGCAAGAGGUUUUAACUGAGCAGAGGCUGCAAAUGAGCAGCUGCUUUUAGUAGCAUCGGAUAGUGAGGCGCUGAUGAGGCUUCAUGAAACAGUCAGAGCCUCGGCCGAGUGAGAUCCCAUCGAUGAUGGACAAAGCUGCAGCGUGUCCACGCCUCUCAGCUGAUGGACACAUGUCCACUUCAGUCUGGAACUAACUCAUGAAAGCUGCAAUAUUGGAUGCCACAUGAGUCCGACUCAAGCACCGGUGUUAAGGAUGUCAGUGGAGGAGCGAGAUCCAGGCGGAAGUGACAUAACUUCAAACUGGUUUGGCUCGUCUGCAGCUGUGGCAGAUGAAGUGCUGAACUGUUUCGUCGUCAGAGUGUGUGGAGUUCCUUGUUUAUUGUGACCCCCUGUUCGUGUGUGUAAUUCCUUAACAAACAUGUCCAUCCAGCGUGGUCGUGGUGGAUGGCGUGAGCUGCUCGCUGGUUGUUGCCAUGAGUCAGCACUUCCUGCCCUCAACUGUUGGAGUUUCAGUUUCAACACGGUGACAUUGUCUUUGUGUUCUUUCAAAGCUGUAAGGUUUUCUGGAGCAAAUGUGCGCGACAGCCACACGACUCGCGCUCUUUAAACACCAGCGAAACUCCCCAGACGCACGCACUCUUGUUUUCUCACAGCUUCACUCACGCACUCUCGUUGGCACGCACAGGGUUUUACACACACACACGCACACACCUCUUACGCCAGCACAGUUGGAGCCGCAUGACAACGUGUCCCUCACCACCUGCGGACGCCAACACAAGCAGGCCAACACAAAAGAGGACCUGCAGCACACACACACACACACACGCACCAACAACAAUUAGCAGCCCUCUCCCCCCGGCAUUGUGUGUUACUGACAUCAUUCACUGCCGGUCCAUCCGUCCCUCCCGCUCUUUCCUCCCCUUCCUCGCCAUGAUGGGAGAAACAUGGCACGGAAGGUGGGGCAAAAGUGAGGGUUCGGACCUCGGAAGCAUGUGAAGACAAGGCAAGGAUGAGUCACUCACACGGGAGAGUGACACGGAAUGCUUCUUCUAUAAGAGGCGUCUGAGGAACAGGAAACCAUGAGGCUCUGAAUGAGAGUGAUUCAGUGAAGUGCACGUUUUAUCGGGGGCUGCCGACCAGCACAGUCUUCACCCGGACAUUUUCACUUGGUAAAACACCAAAUUUAAUCAAAAACACUGGAAUAAAUCUGCCGACAAACUGUGGAUCUGUCAACAUUUUGAUGCGUCGGCGGAGCUCUGUGCCUGCGAUUGGAGUCGGUGCUAAAUAUUAUUGAACAUGAAUUAUAUAUAAAAUGUAGUUUUCCAUCCUAUUUUGGUGAAACUGAGCUGGACUUUGCUGUGAGUGUUUGCUGGCACUUCCUGCCCCAGAAGCAUUUACAGCAGGGCUCUCAAACCGGUCCUCAGAGGGCCCCAGUGGCUGCAGGUUUUUGUUCCAACCAGUCACCUUUUUGCCAGCCAGGCGUCUGAAGCCUGGCGUCAGUUUCUUGACAGUCUGGCGCGGUUAGUUUCAGCUGACACCUGAUUGGUUCAGCUGUGUGUGCUAGUUUGGUGCCAACAAAAACCUUUGUGGGUCCGUUUGAGACCCCUGGUUUACAGGAAGUGUUCCGCCUCCCUUUACGACCGGGUCUUUUUGGAAAUGGAGUUGAAAUAUUUGUCUGACACACACAAGUGCUUGAUUUGAAGUCUGCGACCUUCAUGACAACGUAUAAUAGUGUCACAUGAGAAUGAGCCAAAACAGAGCACUGGUGUUACAGGUGACAGACAUGAGUUGGACACAGAUCAACUGUCCCCUUCUCAAAGGUCGAUGACCAGAAAAUGACUCUCUGCUUCUGCUGCGAUGGUUCCUCAGGUAGUCACCUGAUUACAGUCCAUCGUCUCAGGUGCAAGCCUUUCAGCUUCUCCUGGGUGGGGUUGGUCUGACCGGAGGUCAGGGCUCACAUCUUGGCUCUGCUCUUGUCAAUGGUGCUGACAAUUGCACCAGUGGAUUGUAAACUGAGGCCACCACAGAUUGUGACUUGCUGCAGCCCCUUGGCUUGUGUCCUUGAGCCUUACACAUAUGGAGUUAUGUGUUGAAACGCCGUGGACUACUGACCCUGCGCCACUGAAAAUGAAACAUUGGAAAUGGUAUUUACCAAGAAUAAAAUCAUAAAUGUGUUGCUCACAAUCUGUUUCAGAGGUGGAGACUGAACGCUUUUGAGCGUCUGAGUAAUACGCGAGUCUUGCUCGCCACUCAAGAUCGGGUGUGAGUUUAUCUGGUCGAGAGCUGAUCUGCUGGAACGCUCUCCUUGGCACUGAGUGUCAUGUGAUGCCUCUGUGUGUAGAAGUGAGCCCUGGCUGGUCUCUGGGCUCGUCCCUCCUGCAUCCUAACAGCAGCAAGAAUGCUCCGUCCCUGUUGUUGCCGUGGUAAGGAGGUGAGCGUGGCGGCCGCAGGUGCUGGCUGUAGGUGUUGGUUAACACCCAGGGCGGUGAGGCUCCACCAGCGUGUGUCGCAGCCUGAGCUUAUGACAGGUGGAGCACCGGACUGCAUCCACCACAGCAUGCAUCCACUCCCAACCUCUGUCCCUUCUGCUGUGGCCUCACACUCUCAGCUGCUGUGACUCACCUGCUUCCUUCCACAAGAUUCGCUGUGUUGGCAGAAUGUUUUUGAGAGCAAAAGUGAAUCACUCAGGAUUAUACUUGAUUGGAUGAAUUACUGUGUUUGCUGACUUGUUGGUUUGUGCUGAAGCUUAUGGGAAAAAAAACCCUCACUCACUCAUGCAAUUUACAGCUUCACCACAAGGUGUCUUCUGCAUUUAGGAGGGUCGGGGUCACCAUAGCAAUCCAUCUUCUUGGUGUGGUGACUGAUAUGCAACAUGUCAGCCCUGCCUGCACUCGCUUCUUCACCUCCCUUGAUCUCUGAUGGCAGAACCUGAACUGUUGAGCCUAGUUCUACCCCCUUGUCUUUAAGACUUCAAUAUCUUCAGUUUCAUUUGUGCAACAAGCAGUAACAACUACCAAAAUUUCCCAUCUGUGGGAAUGAAGUUCAUCCACUGCAGCCUCCCUCUCAUCCGCUCACGUCUCCU